CACACUUUGUUCGUUUCACUAAACAGCAUUUGCACAUUGCAGAGGCGUCUUGUUAAUCAAAUUCUUGAAAGUGGCAAACGGUAUAUUGUUAAACGUGAUAUACUUUAAUUCAAGAUUUUAUUGUGAAAUAUUUCUCCAAACAACAAUUAUUCCAUUUCUUAAAAUGAAAAAAAAUAUAUUUUCUGUGAAAUUUGAAAGCAAAAUAUUUUUCCAUGUGAUUUGUUAUUCUGGCCCCUUCCUAUUUUCAUGAGCUCAAUUUUAAACCGAAAUGUCUAAAGUAGAAAAUUCUAUAAAUUUCAAAAAAUCCUACAGAUUUCAGAGCAAGAAAUUUGAAUAAGGUGAAGGGAACCUGUGAAUCCUUUCCAAUCGGUCACUAAGUGCAGUUGAAUCACAAAACUAAACGAGGGUAACAUCUGCGUAUGUCUUUAAAUAGAAUGUCAAGUUGACCGUCAUAAUGAUUGUUCUCCUAUCCACCACUUAUCAUGCCAAUCAACCAUCACAGUCCAAGCUUUUCCCUUUAGUUUCCAGUUUUCCCUUCUUUGGUUAGACACAGCAAAAGUCUAGUUUAAUUGAAGCCGAACAUAGUUAUUUUUAGGGAACAGUGUGAAUUAUGGAAAAGAACCCAGUAAAAGCUUUGAUAAAACUUGCUUUAUGACUAGGUAUUAUUUAAGGGCUAAAAAACGUUUUUUUCAGCUGCGACACGAGAAAAGUAUUUAAGUCAGGUAACAAUGUCAAAGAUUUACUUUUGUGCGUAAGCAGAUGGAAGAUGGCCUCCAAAAGAGCUUCAAAAUUUUUGUUGUUGCUUGCAGUGCUUAACAUCGUAUCAUCGAAAUAUAGAUCCGCUUUCUACAAACAAGUUGGUAAUACUACCGACGAUGCAGCACUGGACCUUGCCAAAUUCCACGGCUGCAGCACGGAUGAUGAUUGUGACGUAGUCACUGUAGUAAAUAAAGAGGGAAACGAGUCUGCUCUAGUCUACAAAAAAGUCCAGCACACUUUCCGUACAUGCAAUGAAUUACGCGAAGCUGGCUGGAGAAACAGUGAUAUUUACGAUUUAACCUUGCCAAACGGAGAAAUGUUGAGGGUGUACUGUGAUAUGGUGAAGGCUGGCCAAGGAUGGAUACUCAUGCAACAGAAAACGGACACCAAUACUAGCUUCUUAAGGAGCUGGGAUGAAUAUAAGGGCGGCUUCGGUGAUUUCAAAACCAAUUUUUGGAUUGGCCUCACCAACCUGCAUCUUUUGACACAAACAAAGCCCCGGAAAAUACUGUUUGAAGGAAAUAUGAUAAAUGGUAACAGUUUUGUGGCAAUCUACCAUGGAAUGUCAAUCGGUGACGAGAGUCAAAAUUUUCUUUUAAAAACUGGUCGGUUUGUCGAAGAGAUAUCGACAGCUUACGACAGUUUCACUUCUUGCGAUGGUGCGCCGUUUACGACGUUUGAUCGAGAUAAUGACAAUGACCGUUUGAAUUGCGCUCAAACAUACAGCGGAGGCUGGUGGUACAAGGGUGGCGGAGUAUCUUGCACUACUUGUUCUUUCAAUACAGACGAUGAGCCAAAGUGGAUUGGACUCCAGGCGAAAGUAGUUUUGAUAAGAAUCCUGGUUGGAUAGGGAAGAAGACGGGACUAUGGCGGGCAUUUAAAAAAGCUGGCUACUCAAAGCUUGAGAAUUUGAUUGUAGAUUAAGAUAUCUUUUAGAGAAGGAGAACUGAGGAAUUCAGUGCUGUGUUAAUAAGACAUUUUUUUGUUCAUCGUUUCAAAACUUUGUUUUAAACUUACCUUAAUAUAAAAUUGUAGAAUACAUUGCUCAUCAUAAAGCUUUUGAAAUAGAGACCUAGUGCAUGUAUAUUUCUUCAGGAACAUAUAUAUCUUCAAUGGCAAAGAGUUAUAGUAACGAUAUCAAGUAGCAAGUAUUGUCGUGGCUCCCAUCCUGUUUUCUUUGACUUUCCAUCGCUGAUGCUACUUCGAAUCUUAUUUAACGUGCAGAGAAC